AUGGCCUGGAACGCGGCGGAAAUCCGUGAAUGGGCCACAAGCGAGUGCCUUUCCAGGCGCAUAGCGGCGAAGGCUGAGGAGCUUGAAGACUUGGGUGGUCUAAAGGCCAUCACUGACAGCUGGCUGUGUGCGAAUGGAGUGACUUUGCUGCCAGCACGCUCGCGCGCCCUGACGGCGGCGAAGGCGGCACUCCAUCCAAAGAAGAAGGCCUUCAGGCUUGGCCGAAGGGGUAUCAUGUUUCUCGAAGCCCCAGAUGCGGAAGUUUUCCAGCGCCGCCGACCCGGCCGGCAGUGCCGGCAGCCUGAGACAGAUAGUCAGGUAUUGGAACGCCGGCGACCACACCGGCGGGUGCACCGCAACAAGAAGGAGUCUCGCCCUUUGAAUGUGCUCCCUCAGCGGAUUGAGGAGGAGGAGACAGACGCGGAGCUGGGGACGGGGACUUCCGAGAGACCCACUGAGCCAGCAAGUAACAAAAAGCCAUGUUUCACGAGCACUUCUGGCAGUGCUACACCACCUGUUCCGUCUUCGGAGACGUCUUUCUGGUGGACCUUGCUCUGCCGGACAUUCCAAGUCUUCACCCCCGAAAUGGCGGUGCAAGGGCCACUGCUGAACAUGCCCGCAUAG